ACACGUUGCACCGAGUGGAUCAUAAUUUUACAUUCCAACAAAAUAUGAAAUCGUUCGUGUUGCUCUGCCUUUUGGUGACUUUGUGCGCCGCACAGAGAAUACCCUCAAGUAAUAUAUUGAAUCAAGUAGUUCAAGCUAUAAAAACGGCUAAAUCCAACGUUCAAAGCAUCCAGUCGGACAUCAGACGAGCUAGAACGAACUUUCAGUUAAAUACACAAAAUGAACUGGCCAACAUUAACUAUCAAAGUUUUAAGACCAUAACCGAUAUUGAAAGCACGAGGCUUAAGUAUAUCCAGGAAAAAUCAGAAGAAGCUAAGGCAUCAGGCAAAGAUGCCGACCAGUGUUUGAAUAAUGUGGCUAGUAAUAUGAAAUCUGGUAGUCAAGCAGCACGCAGCGAACUCAACAGAUGCGACAGUCAAGGGAAACAGCUUCUUCAGACACAACUGCUGAAAUUCGACGCACUGCAAGCAGACGGACAGAAACUGAUCAAUGAGUUGGACAACAUUGCCUUGCAAUGUUAUAAUUCGAACAUUAAUCAAAUGGCAAGUUGUAUGAGUAUAAAAGUAGGACUCGUUAAUAGAUCAAUCCGUGUAUACCAGCAAGAGGCUUCACAAUUACAAUCAAACGCACAAUCUCAGAAAAGCAAUAUAAUCCUAUCAACAUCCUCUUGCAACAAUCAAGCCGUCAAUACAUGUCGUUCCGCAUCUACCGAUGCAAUAUAUGCCGCGGCUAAUUGCCUUAAAAGCUAAUUCAUUAAGUUAAGUGCUGAAUUCAUCAAAUGUCCAAUUAAGAGUUAAAUUGUUUAAGGGUCAAAUAAAAUAAACCUUCGUUUUUCCUAAACGAAUCCUGAGCGAUUAGUAAUAAUAAAUUUUAAUAGUUGAAUAUUCCAUUUGACUCAUUGAACAAACAAAAACCUGAGGCCCUAUCGUAACACCUUACACGAGAUAUGUACUUAUGUACUUUUAAUAAGUUUUAGGAAACUCGAAUGUACUUUUAAUAAACAGCAAU